AUGGCGCACACUUCAACAGCAAAGCCUUGCGUGGUGCAGCAGAUCUGGGCGGCUUCAGGCAACUCCGACGACCUCAGCCAGCUCCGACUUCAGGCAGCUCCGACUAGAGGCAACGAGUCCCUUUGCCUGCAUUGCUUCAAAAGGGAAAGGGUUAGGUGCCCUUGCUGGAGCUUUCAGAUGUCUGGAAGCUGGCUUUGGAGGACCCCGAGUCCCAUCAAGCUGCCUCAUGGUGCUGGUUCAAUUGGGAAUCUUGACAUGGGUUUCAUGACAGAAUCCGGAUUUUUCCAACGAGGAGAAGUUGGUUCCUUCCACAGGUUCUUCGAGGAAGCAGAUAUUUGGAUUGGUCUGCACGGAUCACUUGUUUUUGAAGACAUUGGGUAG